CUCAACGACUUCCAUAUUAUUUGAAGUCAUUUCGGCAUAAAUCGCAGGAAUUCUGAAAGCCUUAAUUAUAUAUAAUACCAAUGUAUUAGAAAUGGACUUUGACUGUUUGGAAUUUGUUAAUAAGAUUGCUACUAUUGAAUCGAAUGGAGAUACUUUAGACCAUUUACCUCGUCUUAUAACGUUAGCUUGUCAGAAAAAUCAAGAGCAGCAAGUGUACCAAAGACUCAAUGAACUAGCCAACAAGAAUGCAAUUCGCGUUGAACAGCUAUGCGCCGAAAAUAAUCAAGACUUUAGUAAAUCUGUUCAUCAACUUUCCGUCGUGAGAAAUGAGCUUCAUAGUCUGCGUUCUCAUAUUGCAGACUUGAAUACUGAUAUUCAAGCGAGCGGUAAGGAUUUGAAAAUCAUGAAACAACAACUGAAUUCAUUGAGGGACUCUGAACGGAAGCUAUAUUUAUAUCAAGACUUGACUCAGAGCUGUCUUCAGAUAUUUUACAAGCUGAAGGAUGCUCAAGAACUUUUAUCAAAAAAGCAAUACUUACCAUCUUUGAGGAUAUACUCUGAAGUUCAAAAGAUUAACUUAAAACGGAUUGAAGGACUUACGUUACACUCCACCGUUCAGCAAAUGAUCUCUCGAAUGCAAAAUUCUGUAUGCAGUUCGGCACUAGAGGACCUUCAUGAAUGGUUGUUUGCUUUAAGGAAAAAGCUACCACUUGUAGGGGAAAUUUGCUUUAAAGAAAUCGACGAAGCUCGAAGAAGAUGGGCAAAGAAUUACCGAGAGGACUUGACCAACCUUACUACGAAAACACCUUUUUCCUUGGAUUUAGCAAUUAUGGAAUAUGUAGAUUUUGAUCCUCUUAACAAUGAUUUGGUUCAGGUUGACUUUAUUCCUUUGUAUGUUUGUGUACAGGUUCACUCGUAUUUGGGAAUCUUAAGUUCCUUUCAGGCGUCAUUUGAGAAGGACCGCAAACGACAGCAAGAAUUUUUAGCUCCAAAAAGUCUAGAGUCCAUCGAUUUGGACGUUAUUAGUGAAUGGUUGAAAUCAGUUGCUGGAUACAUGAUUGUCGAAUAUUAUAUCCUGCAAGAGAUUCCCAAUUUCCGAUCUUACGAAGAAGUCCAAAAUAUAUGGGCCAUUAUUUGUGAUAAAUUGGUCGAAAGUAUCUUACGAGUGGCAUUUUCAGAGCAAAGUACAACGGCGAUUAUAAAGAUGAAAAAUAAUAUUGUUUUACUAAUGCACACAAUGGAACGUUUUGGUUUCCCAACGCAUAGGUUACAUAGUCUUUCUGUGGAGUUGAUAGACGCUUUUGGAGGAGCACUGAUAUUAAAGCACUCCGUGUCUUUCGAAGAAGCCUUUGACACAGAUUUAUACGCUCCAAUGGUGAUCAAUAACGAAAAGGAGUAUGAUGAAUUGAUAGCUCCUUACUGGACUUUACCACCGGCCCCUUUUCCUCGAAUGGUGGAAUUUUCUAAAAUGUGCUCUUUGUGUUGUAUUACACUUUCAAAAUUCGCUCGGCACUUUUUUAUGUUCUCUAAUGACUCUAUCACGUUGGCGUUGGACGUUCAGGAAAAGAUCCCAAGGUUUUAUAGAAGAUUUAUUUUGCACAGCUUGCUUGAUAGACUCAAACAUCUUUAUCCAAAACUAAAUUUGUCACAGAUGGCUCAGUUAGUAAAAAAUUUUUAUGCUUUUGAGGAGCCCUUGUUACAAAUGGAGAAGACGUUGGUGAUAAGCAAAUCUACUUCUCAUGCUGGAAAUGAAAUUACUAAUGUGAAUAUCAAAUCUUCCGAACUAUUGGAAGGUUUAGCAAAUGCACGCAAGUCUGCCUUACAUGAAAUUUUUGUUAAAAUUAACCACAAAAUUGAUGAUUUCAUUGGUUUGGCUGAAUACGAUUGGUCGACUACAGUGCCUCGCACUGCUCCAAGCGGAUUUUUGCAAGAGAUGGUUCCGUACCUACAAACCAUUUACCUCGAUUCCCUAGCAGGUCUUCCUAACCAUGACAAGUCUUAUGUGUACCUGGAAACUCUAGACCAUUUAUGCACUGCCAUGAUUGACUUACUUUCAAAUCCUGCUAUUCGGAAAAUAUCUACUGCAGCAGCGGAGGGAUUUAAAGUCGAUGUUGAAUAUUUGGAAAGCUUUGCUUCCCAGGUACCGGACCAGAGCAUUGUGAACGCAGAUAGCUUUAUAGAGCUAAGACAAUGUGCCAAUUUACUGUUAGGAGAUAACAUAGAAGAUUAUUUGGACACCGACAAAUUCACUCGUGACUUUAAUCGUUUGCAUCCAUCGACUUCCGUGAAGCUAUUAGAGAGGCUCAUUAGCAGUUAUUCUGCCAACCCGUUAAGUAAUGAUCGACCGAAGCGUAGAGCUAUAGAAAACCUACUUGCUGUAUUUCGACGAAAAACAAAUUGAAUGCAGGGAAAGGGAUUUUCGAGUUUUAUUCGUUUCAUGAAUGGAUACGAUUUACGUCUAAGAUUAUUCCUAGGAUAUUUAUGAGCUUAUGAUACCAUAAAAAAUACAAUGAAUUUACUUGCACAGUUUUCUCG